GAUGUCUGACAAAAAAAAUGGCGAGCUGUAUUGUCUGUGUCAAAUUUUCCGAAAAACCUGGCCGCCCUCGUUUAGAUGGAGUGGACCUCGGUUCACCUGUAGCAGAAUUUAGAGAAAGAGUUUCGAAUGUCUUCGAUAUUCCGUCAACAGAUAUAAGUAAGUAAAGUUGUGUAGAGUAGAACAGACGGUUAGACAAGUCGAAGACCAAGCCAAGGCAGCGAAGCAUUUACCAGCAGCAUCUAGCGGAUGACCGCGCUGCACCACGCCAGCGCAGCAGGCGCUGUGUAAUUUGCAUUUCGGAUGUGCACACUGCACUACGACCAGGCCAAGUUGACUUCUACUAGUACUAGCUUCUUGACCUUGUUAAUGCUAGUAAAACUAAAGGACCUGCCAUUGCUCCUACCUCACUACCUGCCACUAAUUUAUUAACCAUCAGCAUGAUAAGGAAAGCUGGAAAAGCAUGUUACUUUCAGUUUGAGCAAAUGAUUUUUACUCUUGAGUCUUGAUUAUAAUAUAUAACAAGUAGAAGAAGUACCUCGACCUCGUUCGUAGGAUGAGUGGAUUUUUCCAAGUUUACUUCAACAAGUGCAAAGUAACGUGGUCGACGUUGGUCACUGCACUCAGUCACGUCUGUUGUGAAAUUAUCCGAGUGGUACUAAUUGAUACUUACGAGAUAAGACUUGCUGUAAAUCCAGCUGAGAACUGGGAACCAGAGCCAGAGGAUUGAUCUAGUUUACUGUGGAAAGUUGAUGAAAGAUGCAGAAACCUUAUCAGGAUGUGGGGUGAAGGCAGGAUGUACCGUGCACAUUCUGAGGAAGAAACUUCCCGAGCCAGAAGUCAAACCAGAGCCUCUUGAUGAUACUGCGAUCCGUCAACUCUUGAAUGCUCUUCAUGCAGCCCUCUUAAACCCAGCUCAUAGACAAGCUGUACACAAGAUUUUGACAAGUCCUGAGACCAUUGAUAACAUCAUUGCUGCUACUCCAGGAAUGUCUACGGACCACAUAGCUAUGUCUAUGCUGAGAGAUCCUCAACUACUUGUUCAAGUUGCUGAUCCUGACAACGUCCGAAGGAUUGUGAAAGCUCAUCCAGCGAUAGGUCAUGCCGUGAUGCACAUUGCAGCAUCGGUCACGGAGGAGGCUGCCCUCGGUGGCAGAGGGGGAACUCUCGGACAAGACGCCCCAUUAGACCCUGCCUUUUUCCCUGAUUUAACAUCAGAUGAAGAGAUGGAAACGGCUGAGGGUGGACCAAGCACAAGCCAGGGUGCAGGUCAAAGGUCAAGAAUUCAAGGAGGUCAGGGAGGCAUUACCACAGCACAGCUUACUGCCGCACUAGCUGCCGCUGGAGUUGGCAGACCGGGAAAUGCAGGGAUGAUGUUAAGACCGUUUGAAGGGCCAGUAGGGGGCGCCAAUCAGUCACCAUCAUCGUCAGCAGCAGCACCAACAUCCCCCAGGCCACCUCCCAACCAGGGUGCUACCCCGCCCCUAGGAGGAGGGGGAGGGGCACAGCCUCUGCUCACAGCUGAUAUCUUCAGACAAGCCAUGAGUCAAGCACUGCAGGUGGCUCAGAGCGGGAGAGGACCAGGUGAUGCCACCGAUGGGGUCACAUCAGCACCCCCAGCUCAAAACUUUGAGCCACAAAUGCAGCAAUUGAGAGACAUGGGACUGACAGAUGACGCUACUAAUCUGAGAGCACUUCAAGCUACAGGAGGUGAUCUGCAAGCAGCAUUACAUCUAAUUCUGGAGGGAAGGAUGUGAUCAUAGACUGCCUAGUGAUACUAGAAUGAGAUUCCAUUACAUUUGCUCCUAUGGAAAAAAACUCAGGGCCAUGUCUGACAGAGAGUUGUGAUUGAUCCUACCUAUUGCAACUAUGCAGAGUCAUUACUGCUUACAUCUGGAGUUCUCAUGUCCGGUCAAAUUUUUUUUAUGUGAUGUCAAUGGAAUACCAACCUUGAAGAGUACGGAACUGAUGAUGCCACGAUAAGAUGUUUUUAGCAUUGAAGUGAUGUGGAUACCAAGUCUCACUGGAACAUGAUGAUGAAAAAAAACAUCGAAAUUUCAAAUUUGGUGGGAAGCUAUCAAAAGGGCCCCCGAGAUGUCACUGCCUAAAUAUCUACAGUAGUGCUCAAAAGUAAGUGAACCCCACCAGAGAAUGAACAUAGUUAAAGUGUUCAUGUUCUGCCAUGUUUCAGAAAUUUAAUUGUGAAGUUGGGUGAUAUAGGUAUUACAUGUACAUUCAGUAAAGUUUGUUUCUCUGGAUUCACCAACCAAUGUACAGUAGUAAUGUUAUCUACAUUCAACUCUCAGCAUGAAGGAGUGCAUUUUGUGGUGGGGUUCACUACAUUUUUAGUACAACUAUAACUACUUUUUUAUCCCGGGCAUUGAAAAUUGUGUAAAGUGGCCUUGUACCAGAUCCAAUUUAGACUGAUCAACUUGGCCUGGUUCCAAAUCCAAUCGACACUGAUUCCAAUUUUGCGAACUAGAUAUUCAUGUGGCCAUAUCUUGGGUCAACACAAACCAAUUCAUGUCUUAUUUGACAUUUUUGUCAUUCGUUACCAAAAUAUGGUCAUGAAAUUGCUAGGAAGAAAAAUAGAGGAAGUUCGUCACACUUAAUUACUCUGUAACUAAAUUUAUUGUGGGUGCUAUUUUUAUUGAAAAUUGCUUAAUUGGGGCUUCAAGUGUGCCAAACAAAAAGUAACUUAAUAUGGAUUUACUUAUGAAUCUACACACUUGACAUCAGUUUUUCAAUAGAUAUUUCUUUUCUUCGUUGAUAAGGCCCAAGUUAUGCCUGAUUGGUGUUACAAGGUAUUGAAGCUGAACUGGUCAAGAAUAUUUCGUAUCAUUUUGUAAGAGGGAAGACAGUAUUUUUAAAAUCGAGGAAUGGGGAGAUCCUUACUUGAAAAAUGAAUGCACUGUAGAUAUAUUUGAAUUUAAAAAGCUGGAUGCACAGAAAAGCCAUUAUUCACUUCUUCAAUAAUGCUGUUCUCUUUAUUUUUCUUCUCUAAAAAUAAGCUCAUUAUGAUACUAAAUCUCCUAGCUCUCAGCUAGACUGGACCCACAAACACAUUUAACCUUCACUCAUUUUGAAAUAUCAGUGCACUUAUGUCAUUCAUAUCAAAGGGGUGGAGGAGGUGAAGGGGAAGGUGAAAAAGAAUAGCAUUUCAUAAAAUAGCCCUUCACAAAUUUUAUUUAUUAUUACAAUCCGUACCAGAUAUUUUACAGUGAGGUUUUGAACUUUUGAUACAAUUCUGUUACAUGGCAAUUGGCAAAGGAGAUCUCAAUAUUUCUAGUUAUUUAGAGGGUGAGACAAAAUGCCUUGUUAUUCUAACCAUGUGUUCAGUUUUAAUAUGUAUCACAUCGGAAAUGUUUCCGCGGUUUCUUUGGUUUAUAAAUGUUCUAAAUUAUAAUAAAACUGUUCUUCGUCAAAUAAU